AAAUUUAAUAAUAAUGAAAGUAUUAACAGUAUUUUGUGCGCUAUUCAUAGCCGCAAAUGCGGUGCCAUUUCUCAAACAAUUAGAGGAGCCCUUUGAGGGCAAGACAUGGGUCGUGCUGUGCGCCAGCGCUGAUACCUGGAUCAAUUAUGGCAUGCCGGCCGAUAUAUACCACGCUUACCAUGUGAUCAAAGAUCACGGUAUACCCGAUGAAAACAUAAUUGUGAUGCAUUACGACGACAUCGCCCAACACCCCCAAAAUCCCAGCCCCGGUAUUGUAAUUAACAGACCCGACGGACCCGAUGUCUACUACGGAGUGCCCAAACAUUACAUCAGUAAAGAUGUCACACCCAAGAACUUUUUAGGCGUAAUAAGCGGCGAUCCGGAGCUUAAGAAACAAGGUAAAAAGGUGGUGGAAAGCGGACCAAAUGACCGCAUUUUUGUCUAUUUGGAAGACCAUGGUGCUAAAGAAGUGGUCUCAUUCCCAACUGGUGGCAUGCUACACGCCAAGGAACUCAACCAAGUGCUAACUAAAAUGCACACCGACAAGAAAUUCGCCAAGCUCGUUAUUUAUAUAGACGCUUGCGAGUCAGGCUCAAUGUUUGAUAAACUACUGCCAACUGAUAUUAAUGUAUACGCCGUGUCGGCUACUAAACCUGAUGAGCUCGGUUGGAAAGCAUACCAUGAAAAAACAAAGUACUUUACUUAUUUAGCCGUAUGGAUGUCGGUCAAAUGGUUGGAAAACAGCGAACAGGCUGAUCUGACCAAGGAGAGUGUCGAGGCACAAUACCAGUACCUUAAGAAGCACAAUAACUUCACCAUGGACGGUGAGGUGCACUCGCAACACGCACAGGAGUAUGGAGAUUUGACCAUCGCUAAGAACGAGCAUGUGGGACAAUAUAUGGGUGAUAAGAAAGUAAUCAACAGCGUUAAUACUGUCCAACCCGAGCCUAGUACCGGAUUUUCACUAUCACGUGAUGCGGCUAUAAAUAUUGUAAAACAUAAGAUCGAGGUCACAGAUGAUGCUGAAAUGAAACAAGCCUAUAUUGAAGAAUUGAUGGGAUAUUUAUCCCGACGAGAAUUGUUGGACAAACAGAUUAAGGAAUACGUGAAUACUUUACCGGGAAUUGAGGCCAAUGUUGUGCUCAAUGAGAGACUAGAGCUCAAUAAUAGAGAGUGUUAUACAAAACUUGUCGACACUUUCUAUGAUAAGUGCUAUAAUAUUGGAGAGGAGUUUACCGGUACAAAAUGGGUUGUAUUAGUUGCAGGUGCUCCGGGUUGGGUUGAUUAUGCCAGUCAGUCAAGCGUAUAUCACGCCUACCAAGUUGUUCACGCGAACGGCAUACCCGAUGAAAACAUCAUAGUGUUUCACCCUGAUGAUAUCGCCAACAACAAAGCAAACCCGACACCGGGUAAAAUUAUUGAUCAUCCCGGCGGCGAUGAUGUCUAUCACGGAGUGCCUAAGGAUUAUACCGGCAAUGAUGUCAACCCUACUACAUUUAUCAACGUUUUAAAGGGUAGCCAAGAGUUGGCGAGUAAAGGCAAAAAGGUGCUUAAUAGUGGGCCUAAUGAUCAUGUGUUUAUCUAUUUCCUUGAUCAUGGUGCAGAU